UCCUAAGAGCGCUCCAGAAGCGUUACCGUUGGUUGUAACAGGAGCAAGAAGAUGUUGAAAACCAAGUUACAAUUGAUCCAUCUGCCAAGUGACUGUCUCUAGCGGAGACUUACGUGCAGUAGAUAUCUCCAUCAAAUGUCAUUCGCCGCUCUCCAGCUUAGGUCACGCAUUCCUAACAAACAAUAAAUGCAAACUUGCAUUCUGUACAGUGAGAUGCUUCUUUCUUGCUGACCGUUGAGGGUUAAUUUUGUAUCAUCGUAGCCCAUUCGAAUCUCCACGAAGUUGAAAGCGAAAUUACAGAACAAUAUCCAUUGGAACAGUUCAACGGUAGAACGAAUUAAUAAUAAUAUAAUUUAACAAAUAACGUGACCGAGGAGGCAGACGAAACAAUGAACGAGUCGGGUAGUAAUGACUCAUCGAGGCGGUGCGUGUGGACCUUCCACCAAGUCAGCUGCACGUCCAGCGACCUCUCGGCAGCGGAGCGAACCACCCUCCUCGCCAUCCUCCUCUCCAUCAGCGCCAUCACCAUCGCGGGCAACAUCCUCACCAUAGCCUCCAUCCUCUACUUCAGGCAGCUGCAGACUCGCCCCAACGUCCUGACACUGUCUCUCGCCGUGGCGGACCUCCUGGUGGGCCUGCUGAUCAUGCUCUUCAACGCGAUGAGCUCCGUGCACAACUGCUGGUUCUACGGUCGCGUCUCGUGCAGGGUCCACACGUGGCUCGACUACACCUUCUGCACGUCGUCCAUCGUCCACCUCAGCUGCAUCUCGUUCGACCGCUACGUGGCCAUCAGCGACCCGCUGCGCAACAACGACAGUAUCACGCACGCGGCACUGGCGGCGAUGCUCGCCCUGUCCUGGUUCAGCUUCCCGAUAGACGGCCUCGCCUUCAUGCUGCAGUGGAACCUGGUCGGGCUGGAGGAGGAGACGAGAUGGAGCUGUCCCGACGACUGCGAGGUGAUCCUCAAUCUGCCCUAUGCAGUUGCCAUCACCGCGUGCGCCUUUGUGUUGACUAUGCUCCUCAUGGCGCUCGCGUACGACCGCAUCUACCGCCUGGCCCGGGUGCAGUCGUGCAAGAUCAACAGCCUGGGUGCGCAGGUGCAGAAGGCGAGCAGCGACGCGGAAUGCCUAAGUAAGUGGAAUGCCAUGAAGCGGGACCACAACGCCACCAUUACGCUGGGCAUCAUCAUCGGGAUAUUAAUCGCGAUCUGGAUGCCCUAUUUCGUGGUCUCGGCCACGGAGCCAAUGGUCGGCUACCAGGCGGGCCCCGUGGCCUGGGAGGUCAUCAACUGGUUCACGUACCUCAACUGGAUGGCGAACCCCAUCCUGUUCGCGGCCUUCAACAUGUCCUUCCGCUGGGCCUUUCGCCUGCUCGUCAUGUGCAGCGCCUUCCGGCCGGGGAUCCGAGGCGUGGAUCUGUUUAACUUCAAGGAGAGGCCAGCGUGACGGACUCGACCGAGUCUGAUCACCGAGCCCGAAUCGCAUCGUCUCAG